AAACAUGCGCUCGCACCCGCUGCGUCUAAGAAGUUGGGUUGGAGCUGGUUGGAGAUGUCUGCACAGACUUGUCUUCGGCCAACCGUUCACUCAUUAUGCCAACAUAUAAUGAAAAGAUAAAAAUAAUAUAGACGAUAAUACUAAUAGCUAUUAGGUUCAUGGAUGUCAUUUCAUGAUGGUAGAAAAAAGCGGUAUUCAUACCGUUGGAUUUUACUAAACUUCCCCGCUACUUGCCUGAAGAACCAUCGCUCAGCCGGUCAUUAAGUCUUCGACUACUGGCAAGACUGGUGUUGCCCCACUCUGGUUUCUUUAGCAUCUACAGCAGACACAGAUCAAAAUGUCAUCUCUAAACCGAAACAAAGGCUUCCGAAAUGCUGGAAACACAUGUUUCAUCAAUGCAGCUCUACAGGUCGUGUUCAGUUCUCCGUUGGUAAUGCGUCGACUGCGGGAUCACUACAACAACAACAACAAAUGUCCGGGAGCUGCCACCUGCGUUGCAUGCGCCGUCGUGACAGACUAUGACACAUUGUCGGCUGCUACUUCAGACGAUCCAGAGAACGUUCUUAAUCUUUUAAAAAAACUCAUGCCUCAUAUGGAGCCUGGAAGUCAGCAGGAUAGUCACGAGUUUCUCCUCAACCUCCUGAAUGCCAUCAACAAUCAGCUGGCUCAGCAUUGCAAUGCAUGCAUUAGUAAAGGAAAGCAGGUUCACUACACCGAGUGCCAAAAUUGCCCUUCACGACGAGAAAAUAGCGAGCUCUUUUGGGGAUUUGAAAUCCCGAUCAGACACACUGUUGAGGAGGGCCUCUCCGAGUGUUUCCGCGCUGCCCUGCUGGAGGUGGACUGCGAGUGCAAGAAGAAGGCCCCCACCACAAGAUUCCUGAAGAUCGUGACCAUGCCCGAGAUCCUCAUUGUGCAGUUGGGAAGGUUUCAGUUUGAAAACGACAGGAUUUUCCGCGUGAGGGAUGUGUCGGUGAUUCCGUUCCGGCUGGACCUGAGGGAAUACCAGGACCGCGGUGCCUCCGACUCCUCGCCCCCGAAGGCCACGGCGGCCACCUUCAAGUGCGUGGGGCUGGUGCUGCACUACGGCAACUCAGCCAACGAGGGGCACUAUCGGGCCGCGGCCGUUGUCGAGGGCGGUCGUUGGCGUCUGUUUGACGACCGCGUGGUGAAAUCUGCGUCAUGGGCUACGAUUCAAGAGUCGGACGAAGUUUACUUCGCUCUUUACGAGAGGUUCCAGGAGUUCCAGGAGGGCGAGAGUCCCUCGCCACCGCCAUGGCGGCCACACCACGCGGCCUUCCGCCGGACGUACUCCGCCGCCGCAUUCAAACUGGGCAAGCAUCCACCGCGCUCCCAUUCGGGUGGCGCGUUCUUCCCCCGGGUGGCUUCCACCCCCAAAACCUCGGAUGCCUUCGACUUCGCGCUGUCCUCCGACUCUACCUCUCUGCCCGCGGCGUCCACGGCGCUGGCGGCCACGAACACGCCCGCGCGAUCUUCAUCCAGCUCCGCCACCGAGUCCGCCACCCGUCUGCCCGCGCGACUGGCGCCCCUGGACGGCAGCUUCCCGUCCGUCGUCAGGGACCCCCUGGACGGCACUCCAUCCAGCAGGUCCAGCAGCUCGGCGCUGCAGCUGCUCGGCAAGCUCAGGGCAUCAUCCUCGUCCUCAGCGACCACCGAGAAGGCCAAGGCCAAGGCCCCGCAGUGGCGCACGCCGCAUCAACCCCCGCGUGCGCUGACGGGCGCCCGACUCGACUGGAGCACCGGGCCAGUCGAAGAACGCUCCACCUUGCACGGAACUCUUGAUUUCUCGGUCUUGCCGGCGUCGGUCGGGACGCCGUCGCUGCUCGAGUCGAGCACUGCCUCUGCGCCGGUGGCGCAGGUGCUCAUCGCCCCCAAGUGGCGGACGAGCCCCAUCGCUGUGACGGCGCCUCUGCAGACCGCCACCGACCUGCCCAGCCCGGACAGCCCGUCGUCCCGGUGGACCACCACGCCCAACAAUGAGCGGCUGUCGUGGUGCCGGCCUGACGCGGCCAAGCCUGGCAAGCCUGGCAAGCUCCUCACCAAGUACGACACCAGCUCGUCCGACGAUGACCGCCUGCCCUCCGCCCGCUUCGAGGCGUCGCCGCCGCCGCGGCCCUUCAAGUGCCAGUCGUGCGGCAAGGCGUUCCGCGCCGAGGCGGCCCUGCUGCGCCACGAGGUGCGGCAUUCCCUGUGGCUGCUGCCGGACAGCAGGCCGCGCGCGUGCCGACAGUGCCGGCAACAGUUCCCGUCGCUGGAGUCUCUGCACCGCCACAUGAGGAAGCACACGCUGGGCUCCGGCCCCUCCGGUCUCGGGUGCCCGAGGGACUGCGGCAUCCAGUUCCCAGACCCCGGUUUGCUGCAACGGCACCUGGACGCCCACGGCAAGCCGCAAUUUGCCAAGUGGAGAGAGAGCCCCAACGUGGAGGGAAACAAGGAACACUUGUGCAAAACGUGCAAGGGACACUUCCAGGAUUGCAAAACUUUGUCACGCCAUCGGAAAGCCUUUGGGGAGGGACGAUUGAGAAAACCGUGCAGCUCUUGUAAAAGGCGUUCUGCUCGGAGACUCAAGAAACUAGACUACUUGACGAGGAUCGUCCCGUGGCAGAAGCAUCGUGAUGCCAUUCCCUUUCAGUAGUAGGAAUAACGUCUGAAGCACAGCACUGCUACCUCUUAGACUCAAAAUCAGGCCGAUCAGGGACCAGCAAACCAGGCGAUGCAUUUUCAGCUCUACUGAGGCUACUGAGCAAACCGCGGUUAAACUGGAUACAGUCUAGCCAACCGUAGGCCGACCCCCCUAUCCGCGGGGCAAGCUAUU